AUGGGGACUGGCCCCGGCUUCUCUGGGCGCCGAGCAGCCUCCAGGCCUGGCUCCGGGUUGUCCUCCCUGGACUCUGCGCCCUUCUGGGCUGGGGGUCGCUCCCGCGACGGUGAAGCUCAGGUAUGCCACCACGCUGACUGCCAGCAGCUACACCGCCGGGGGCCUCUCAACCUCUGUGAGGCCUGUGACAGCAAGUUCCACAGUGCCAUGCAUUACGAUGGGCAUGUCCGCUUUGACCUACCACUCCAAGGCUCUGUCCUGGCCCGAAAUGUGUCAACCCGGUCAUGCCCCCCACGCACCAGCCCUGUGGUGGACUUGGAGGAGGAGGAGGAAGGUUCUAUGGAUGGCAAAGGGGACCGGAAGAGCACCGGCCUCAGACUCUCUAAGAAGAAAGCGAGGAGGAGACACACAGAUGACCCGAGUAAAGAGUGUUUCACCCUGAAAUUCGACCUGAAUGUGGAUAUCGAGACAGAGAUUGUGCCAGCCAUGAAGAAGAAGUCGUUGGGGGAGGUGCUCCUGCCCGUGUUUGAAAGGAAGGGCAUCACACUGGGCAAAGUGGACAUCUACCUGGACCAGUCCAACACACCACUGUCCCUCACCUUUGAGGCCUACAGGUUCGGAGGGCACUACCUUCGGGUCAAAGGACAUCUCCUUAUUCCUAAAUGCCACCCAGCCAAGCCCGGAGAUGAAGGCAAGGUGGAGCAGGGAGUGAAGGACUCCAAGUCAUUGAGUCUGCCCAUCCUACGGCCAGCUGGAGCUGGUGCCCCCACUCUGGAGCGUGGGGAUUCCCAGAGCCGCCGGGAGAGCCUUGACAUCUUGGCCCCUGGCCGCCGCCGUAAGAACAUGUUGGAGUUCCUGGGGGAGGUGAGCAUCCCUGGGCAGGAGCCCCUCGGCCCCUGCAGCUGCUCUCUGCCCAGCAGCAGUAGUGGUGGUCCCAGUGCAGGUGGGGACAGCUGGAAGAACCGGGCGGCCAGUCGCUUCAGUGGCUUCUUCAGUUCAGGCCCUAGCACUAGUGCCUUUGGCCGGGAGGUGGACAAGAUGGAGCAGCUGGAGGGCAAGCUACAUGCUUACAGUCUCUUUGGGCUGCCCCGGCUGCCUCGGAGACUCCGCUUUGACCACGACUCCUGGGAGGAAGAGGAGGACGAAGACGAAGAUGAGGACAAUGCCUGGUUGAGGCUGGAGGACAGCUGGCGGGAACUCAUUGAUGGGCAUGAGAAGCUGACACGCCGGCAGUGCCACCAGCAGGAGGCAGUGUGGGAACUCCUACACACUGAGGCCUCCUACAUCAAGAAGCUGCGAGUGAUCACCAACCUGUUCCUGUGCUGUCUCCUGAAUCUGCAAGAGUCGGGACUGCUGUGUGAGGUGGAGGCUGAGCGCCUGUUUAGCAACAUUCCUGAGAUUGCGCGGCUACACCGGGGGCUGUGGGGCAGCAUGAUGGCGCCGGUGCUGGAGAAGGUGCGGCGCACGCGGGCGCUGUUACAGCCUGGGGACUUCCUCAAAGGCUUCAAGAUGUUUGGCUCGCUCUUCAAGCCCUACAUCCGUUACUGCAUGGAGGAGGAGGGCUGUAUGGAGUACAUGCGUGGCCUGCUGCGGGACAAUGAACUUUUCCGGGCCUAUGUCACGUGGGUGGAGAAACACCAGCAGUGCCAGCGGCUGAAACUGAGUGAUAUGCUGGCCAAGCCCCACCAGCGGCUCACCAAGUACCCGCUGCUGCUCAAGUCACUGUUGAGGAAGACCGAUGAGCCGAGAGCCAAGGAAGCCAUUGUCACCAUGAUUGAUUCCGUGGAGCGCUUCAUCCACCAUGUGAAUACAUGCAUGAGGCAGCGACAAGAGCGGCAGCGGCUGGCAGCGGUGUUGAGCCGCAUUGAUGCCUACGAAGUGGUGGACAGUAGCAACGAUGAAGUGGACAAGCUCCUGAAGGAGUUUCUGCAGCUGGACUUGACAGUACCCAUUCCCGGGGCCUCCCCAGAAGAGACGCGACAACUACUCUUGGAGGGGAGCCUGAGAAUGAAGGAGGGGAAGGACAGCAAGAUGGACGUGUACUGCUUCCUCUUCACAGACCUGCUCUUGGUGACCAAGGCAGUGAAGAGGGCUGAGAGGACCAAGGUCAUCAGGCCACCACUGCUAGUGGACAAGAUUGUGUGCCGGGAGCUUCGGGACCCUGGAUCUUUCCUCCUCAUCUACCUGAAUGAGUUCCACAGCGCUGUGGGGGCUUACACGUUCCAGGCCAGCGGCCAGGCCUUAUGCCGCGGCUGGGUGGAUGCCAUCUUCAAUGCCCAGAACCAGCUACAGCAGCUACGUGUACAGGAGCACACGGGUACUCAGCAGCCCCUGCAGAGCCUGGAGGAGGAAGAGGAUGAACAGGAGGAGGAGGAAGAGGAGGAGGAGGAGGAUGGGGAGAGCAGCACUUCGACUGCCAGCUCCCCCACCAUCCUGCGCAAAAGCAACAACAGCCUCGACUCUCAGCACUGUGCCUCGGACGGCUCCACAGAGACCCUGGCCAUGGUAGUGAUAGAGCCUGGGGAGACACUGUCUUCACCCGAGUUUGAGAGCGGCCCCCUGAACUCCCCGUCAGAUGAGACCUCCAUGGGUACCACGAACUCCUCCAUCACCCCCACCAGCGAGCUGCUGCCCCUUGGCCCAGUGGAUGGUCGCUCCUGCUCCAUGGAUUCUGCUUAUGGCACUCUCUCACCCACCUCUCUGCAAGACUUUGUGGCCCCAGCCCCUGUGACAGAGCCAGUGCCCCGGCCCCCAGAGGUGCCUCCAGUUCCUUCAUCCCCAUCUUCGCCCCGUCUCCGCCGCCGCACCCCUGUCCAGCUACUGCCUCACCUGCCCCAUUUACUCAAGUCCAAAUCAGAGGCCAACCUCCUCCACCUGCUGUCAGGAACCGCCACCCUCAGAGAGCCUCCAGCCCCCAGCCGCAGCUUGUCGGAGCUCUGCCUGGCCCCUACAGCCCCCGGAGCUAGGACUCAACGCUCCUCUCAGGGAGCUGGCCCUCGCUGGGAUUGCCAGGGAAUCCCCAGCCCUGGCAGGGGUCCUGAGCUGGUGGAACCUGAGGAAGAAACCAGUGGCCUGGCAGGGGAUUUCUCAGGCCUCACCAGGAGGCCACAGAGGGAAUUGCCCUCAGGGGCCUUGCCCGGAGUCCAGCCGGAGCCCCCGCCAAGCAUCUCUGCUCAGCACAGGAGGCUGACCCUGGCUCAACUCUACAGAAUCAGGACCACCCUGCUGCUCAACUCCACCCUCACUGCCUCGUGA